AUGGAACCGAGUGGAUUCGGUGUCAUUUCUGAUGCACAUAGGAGAGGAAAUGAAAUUUCAGAGUUUCCUAUGCUUUGUGAAACAUGUUUGGGAGAUAAUCCUUUCAUUAGGAUGAUGAAGGAGACUUGUGGGAAGGAAUGUAAAAUAUGUGCUAGGCCUUUUACUUUAUUUAGAUGGAAACCAGGGGCCAAAGCUAGGUAUAAACAAACCAUAAUCUGCCAAUCAUGUGCUAAAAUUAAAAAUGUUUGCCAGACAUGCUUAUUUGAUUUGCAGUAUGGUCUACCAGUACAAGUCCGUGAUCAAGUAUUGAAUCAUGAUAAACUUGAUGUUCCAACUAGUAAGGUUAAUAGCGAUUAUUUUGCAAACCAACUUGAAAAAAAUUCACAACAAAAUUCCACAAGUUUAAUCAAAGCGGAAGCCAGAAGUUCAUUGAAUAAAUUGGCCAAAUUGGCACCUUAUUACAGGAGGAAUAUGCCUAGAGUUUGUACGUUUUGGCUUAAGGGGGAAUGUAAUAGAGGUGCAGAAUGCCCUUAUGCUCAUGAAAAAUAUGAGCAUGAUCCUACGAUAGCAAAUCAAAAUAUUCGUGAUCGUUAUGUUGGUGAUAAGGAUGUCCUUGCGGAUAAAAUCUUACGUCAGCACGAAAUAAAUAAAGCACUACAAGCUCCAUCUGAUAAAACUAUCACAACUUUAUGUGUUUCUGGGUUGGCUGGAAAGGUAAAGGAUCCUGAAUCUUCUAAAUUGAUUGUUGGCGAAGACAACCUUCAAACCCAUUUUUCAAAAUAUGGAAAGGUUGCUUCGAUAAAACUAAUUCCAAAAUUGGCAUGUGCGUUUAUUACAUUUGAUCGGAGAAGUGAUGCUGAACAGGCAGCGUUUCAUUCUAGAAAGGGGUUGGAAUUGGAAAGUAUUCCUCUGAAUAUUACUUGGGCAAGAUCGCAAUUUGAAAAUGAAGAUUAUUGUCCCACUGGAAAGGGGCCCAAUGUUUACCCUUCUAUGCUUCCUCAGUACGCUGAGAAGUUUUAA